GCACUCUCUACUCCUAAUACAUUAUUUGACAGGGCUGUCUUGGCUUCUUUCAAGUGAAAUAGUUCGGUGAGAUAUAUGUUAAUUAAGAGGAUCAGAUCGGCAUCAAACUCUUUGCCAUAAAAAUCUAUUUUUGCGAUUGUGAUCGUGCCAAGUACCAAGAAAAGAUGGCAGAAGUAUUUCUCUCCGCUCUUGUUGAGACAAUGGUGGGGAACUUGAAUUCUCUACUUCUGCAACAGUUUCAAACAGCAGGGGGUGUCAAGAAAGAAUUGAGGAAGCUGGAGAGCACAUUGUUGACGAUCAAAGCAGUACUUCGAGACGCAGACAAGCAGCAAGUGCAGAGCGAGGCGCUGAGGGAUUGGCUACUGAAGCUAAAGGGCGUGGCCUAUGAUGCAGAUGACUUGAUAGAUGAGUUCUUAACAGAAGCUUUUCGGCAGAAAGUGAGGACACGGCCUGCAAUGAUGAAUAGGGUGCGCAACUUCUUUUCUUUUCCGAACUCACUCAUAUUUCACCUGCAGAUGGGGGGUAGGAUAAAGGAGAUUGGGGAGAGAUUAUAUGCAAUUGCAGAGGAGAGGAAGUUCCAUUUGAGAGAUGGAGCUGUAGAUCCGCAGUUCAAUACUGAAGAGAGACUGCAAACAGACUCUUUGAUUGAGUCGGAAGUUUUUGGCAGAGAUGAAGAUAAGAUGAAAAUCGUAGAGUCGUUGAUUGAUGUUAGCACUCAAGAAGAUGUCUCGAUCAUCCCCAUAGUCGGUAUGGGGGGCCUUGGGAAGACCACACUUGCUCAAUUCACUUACAAUGAUGAGAGGGUAACCAAGCAUUUCGAGCUAAGAAUAUGGGUUUGUGUGUCAGACAAUUUCGAUGUGAUGAGGGUAAUAAAAUUAAUCAUUGAAUCAGCAAAUGGUAGCAAAUGUGAUCUCGAAGGCAUGGAUUCACUGCAGCAUAUCCUCCAAGAAAAGCUAAGUGGGAAGAAGUUUUUACUCGUGUUGGAUGAUGUGUGGGAAGAAACUCCUGAGAAGUGGAAUUCACUGAAAAAAUCUCUCAGAGGUGCCAGGGGUAGUAAAAUCAUAGUUACUACCCGUAGUGAAAAAGUCGCUUCAAUCAUGGGUACUCUUCCUACACACCAUUUGCAAACAUUAUCAGAUGAUGAUUGUUGGUCUCUGUUCAGGCAACGGGCGUUUGGGCAUGAAAGACGAGAACGUCCAAACCUUGUAAUACUCGGAAAGGAAAUUGUGAAGAAGUGCAAGGGUGUUCCUUUGGCAGCGAAGUCACUUGGAAGCUUGAUGUACCAUAAAACAGAGGAAAGCCAAUGGUUGUUUGUCAAAGAAAGUGAGAUUUGGAAUCUACCUGAAGAAGAGAAUCACAUUUUACCUGCCAUAAGGUUGAGUUAUUAUCAUCUGCCAUCACGUUUGAAGCAAUGCUUUGCAUAUUGCUCAUUAUUUCCAAAAGAUUAUAGAAUCGAAAAGGAGAAACUAAUCCAACUUUGGAUGGCCGAAGGUUUCAUUCAAUCAUCAGUCGGAAGUAACCACAUGGAAAACAUCGGUGGAGAGUAUUUCAAUAAUCUAUUAUGGCGGUCCUUCUUUCAGGAUGUUGAGAAAGAUGACGAUGGGAAUAUAGUCUGGUGCAAGAUGCAUGACCUAAUGCAUGAUCUUGCACGCUUUGUUGCAGGGACUGAAUGCUCGAUUGUGCAGGUCAAAAAUGCAGAGAGCAUCCAUAACAUAUCUCGCCGUUUGUCCUUGGAGUGUGGGUAUGGCAGGAAGGUCCAAACAUUCCCAAAGGCAUUGAAGAAAGUAAACCGUUUGCGAACACUACUUCUGCUUGAAGUAAGAAGUUUCAGCAUCCCCCAUAAUCAUUUUGUACAUUUUAUGUGCUUACGCGUGUUAGAUUUAAGCAAAGCCAAUGUUACUAAGGAGUUGUUGGUUUCAAUCGGCAAGUUGAAACACUUAAGAUACCUCGACUUGUCUGAUACUAAAAUAGCAGCCCUUCCUGAAUCCAUCUGCACCCUUCCCAAUCUGCAAACCUUGAGACUCUUGCAGUGUAAAUAUCUUGCAGAGUUACCCAGGGACAUGAGCAAUAUGACCAGCUUAAGACAUCUUGAAAUAGAUGGGUAUAAUGAUAAAUUGACCCAUAUGCCAGCCAAUAUUGGAGAAUUAAAGUUCCUUCAGACCUUGCCAAUAUUCAUCAUUAGUCAGGAUAGAGGAUGUGGUAUAAAAGAGCUGCAAGACCUAAACCUUCGAGGAAGCUUGAUUAUUCGAAACCUCCAGAAUGUGAUGUGUAAAGCAGAUGCCCAGGAAGCAAACUUGAAGGAGAAGCCAAACCUUCAUAAGUUGUACUUUUCAUGGGGUCAGGAUAUUAAUCUUAAGUUGGCAGGAAAUGUUGAGGAAACCCUUGAAGGUCUCCGACCACAUCCGAAUCUCAAAAGGUUGGAGGUCAAAGGGUACGUGGGUGUCAGAUUUCCACAUUGGAUGACUUCUUCAUUGCUUUCAAAUCUGGUUGAAAUCUCACUGAUCAAUUGCAGAAGAUGCGAACAGCUCCCCCAGCUUGGCCAAUUACCAUUGCUUAAGGUUCUUGUGAUACAGGGAAUGCAUGCUGUGAAAUCUAUUGGCAACCAUUUCUAUGGUGACAAUGUUGCAGAGGGAUUCCCGUCGCUGGAAAAACUCAGGUUGGUAGAUAUGCCUAAUUUAGAGGAGUGGUCAGGAUUCAACGGAAGAGAAGCACUCCCCUGCCUUAACCGAUUAUCUGUCUUCAGAUGCCCAAAGUUAACAACACUUCCAUGCCUUCAGUCUCUGAAAGAAUUGAGAUUGUAUGAUAGUAAUGAGAUGUUGUUAGGUUCAGUGGCAAACCUAACCUCGCUUUCCUACUUGUGGAUUGAAGAUUUCAAGGAGCUAAGGUCGUUGCCGGGUGGGUUGUUCCCAAAUCAUACCGGUCUCUUGACCCUAGAAAUUUGGAGAUGCCCAAAGCUUGAGUCUCUGUCGGGGGAGCUUGGAAACCUUGCUGCUCUAGAGUCUCUGUUUGUUGAUAACUGUGAUGAGCUGGUAUCAUUGCCGGAGGAGUUACAAAAUCUCACCUCUCUCCAGAUUCUAUAUAUUCGAGAAUGCAAAGGUCUAACAUCCUUGAGACUACAAGGCUUAAGCUCUCUUAAAGAUCUUGCCAUUCAUUGUUGUAAAAGCCUAACGAGUUUGAUGGGGGGCCUGCAACACCUCACUGCCUUACAAUCCUUGUGCAUUAAUAAAUGUCCAGAGCUGGCUUCUUUACCAGAGGAAAUACAACACCUAAUGUCCCUUCGAGUUCUUGAAAUCUGGGAUUGUGAUAAGUUGACAUGUUUGGUGGAAGGGCUAAAACAUGUCACAACACUGCAAGAGCUAAGUAUCUGGGGUUUGAAAAGUCUAACGGCUCUGCCGGAGUGGAUAGGAAACCUCUCCUCGCUUCAAUAUUUGCACAUUGAAGAUUGUGAUAAAUUGGGGUGUUUGCCAUCCGGGUUGCAACUCCUAACAAACCUCCAAACUCUACAAAUCAAAGGCUGUCCCCAAUUAGAGAAGCGAUGCGAGAAGGAGAAAGGCGAGGAUUGGCACAAGAUAAAACACAUCCCAAAUAUCUGGAUGGAAUAUACCGAUUCCGAAUCCCUGAGAGGAGGCAAAAGGUGUGGUCGUCUGUUGGGGUUGAAGAGGAGAUAGCAUCAACGCUUUCCUUCCUUCAUUCCUCUUCCCUCCCUUUCAAACAGAACAUUUAAACACCAUCAUUUCGUUGAGGAGUGCAAGUGGGAGUAGCGCAAAUGACAUGGUUAAGGGGCCUAGCAUCACACGUGUGAAUGUGGCACUCUUGUGGGAGACUGAACAAGGCCACUGGUGAUUAAACAAAAAAUCAGGCCGGUCUGCUUAUCAGGCUUGUUUUCUUUUGGUGAUUUGAGUAGUCGUUGAAAGAUAUUGGAAGAUUAGUCCCUGAACAAGAUAAAAAAGGUGAUAUGGUUAUCUUGUCUACAAUUAGUAACAUAAUUACUCAUUAUGUAUUUGCCCGAUGAAAUGCAUUUAUGAAUACUGAAUUCUUUUCAAUUACUUGCAACAGGAGUGACCGAAUUAUGAAAGUUUGAUCAAGAUAUAUGUUGUUGUGUUUUGAUAUAUUCCUGCUGCUUCUUAUAUUCUCUUAUGAUUCCUUGCUUAAUGUUGUGUUUGUACAUAUCUCUUGACUGGCAUUGGCUCCAGAAAUCAUUCAGAAGGUAGUAUCACAAGAUUGAUGUGAAAUCUUUUUUCUGAUGAAAAGAAUUGCAAAAUUGGUUACAGCUGUUGCAAGAAAUGCUCACUGAUGUGAAGUAUCGAUUGAGGUGCUGUUGUUAUCUAUGGCUGGAGUUUGUAGGAGUUAAAAGCUGUUGCACUCUGUGUUUGUAUUGCAUGCAUACAUGCACACACAUGUAGCCUAAAUAUUUGUGUGAACAUGAAGUGUUAUAUUUAUUCACAGAAAA